AUGGCAGGCGGAGGAGGAGGACAGGGCUGUGAGGGCAGCAGCCAAAGCGAACGUGACCGGCAGUACUGCGAGCUGUGCGGGAAGAUGGAGGACCUGCUGCGCUGCGGCCGCUGUCGGAGUUCGUUCUACUGCAGCAAGGAGCACCAGAGACAAGACUGGAAGAAGCACAAGCUGGUGUGUAAAGGAACCCCGGACACCGGGCCGGCCACUGACCCCAAGCCGCAGGAUAAGGCCGCCUCCCCGGACAGCAAGCAGAAGGAGGUGGUGGUCGAAGGGGCCACCUUGAGGGCCAUCAAGGAGGAGGACUACACCCAGAAGUCUGGGGAGGCUUGCGGAAGCGGCGGGGCCCGGGGGGGAGGGGAGGGCACAGAACGGCCUAAUGGGCACACCAGGCCGCCCCUGCACAAGCUUGCCCUGGAGUACAUCAUCCCCUGUAUGAACAAGCACGGCAUCUGUGUGCUGGACGACUUCUUGGGCCAGGAGAUGGGGGACCGGAUAGUGGGGGAGGUCAAGGCUCUGCACAGCACCGGUCGCUUCACCGACGGACAGCUUGUAAGUCAGAAGAGCGACUCCUCCCGGGACAUCCGCGGGGACCAGAUCACCUGGGUGGAGGGUAAGGAGGCAGGCUGCAAGGCCAUCGGACACCUGAUGAACAGCAUGGACGACUUGAUCCGCCACUGCGGAACCAAGCUGGGCAACUUCCGGAUCAACGGCAGAACCAAGGCAAUGGUGGCUUGCUACCCUGGCAAAGGGACAGGCUAUGUACGACAUGUUGACAAUCCUAAUGGAGAUGGAAGAUGUGUUACUUGUAUAUACUAUUUGAAUAAAAACUGGGAUGCAAAGGAAAAUGGUGGAGUUCUAAGAAUUUUCCCUGAAGGCAAAUCUCAGUUUGCUGAUAUUGAACCAAAAUUUGACAGACUAUUGUUUUUUUGGUCUGAUCGUCGAAACCCUCAUGAAGUUCAACCUGCCUUUGCUACAAGGUACGCAAUAACAGUGUGGUAUUUUGAUGCGGAUGAAAGGGCUCGAGCUAAAGAAAAGUAUCUGACAACAGGAGAGAAAUCUGUAAGGAUUGAGCUAAACAAGUCAUCAGAUGGAAUUGUGAAAGAAGUCUGA